AUGUUAAAUAUAUAUGAGGUUCAAUGCUCUCUGAAUAGAGCAGUUUCCUCAGUUUUCUAUUUGAAUGGACCUGAAGAUGAAUUAAAUUCUCUUAAAUUGCUCCAUUCAGCUUUAGAAUCAUUAAACAUUCCAAAUUCUAGUCCCAAUUUUGAUAAAUUUAACACUAACUCAGAUGAGUUUGGAUGUAAUUUGAUAAAAAAUGAGCUUAAAGAGGAUUUUAACCAAUUUUUGGAUAAUUUAAGCAGAGUUUUAUUCCUGUUUUCAACAAGGCUCUUGAAAAUAAGAGAUUUAAACCCCGAAUUUUCCCAUCUGUACAUUAAAAUAUUUUUAAAACUGACAAACAUAUUAAAGUAUUAUAAAUUUGAGUAUAAAUCUGACAUUCUAUCACUUUCGCUGGUUAAAGUAUGGUCGGAAGUUCUGUGUACAAAUGAUACUAGUCAAAUAAAUUCUGAAACUUUGAGUAAAAAUUCGGAUAUAUUUAGUGAUUUUUUACCGCUUUUGUUAAAUGUAUUCAGUUCACUCGAAAAUGAGAAGGAAUUGAAUAAAAUUUUGUAUAUUAUUUUGGAAAUUUUUAGGAACACAGACUCAGAUGAGUUUAUACAAGAGAUUUUGGAAUCUUUGGAGUUUAUACCAUGUAAUUUAAACGUGUUUGAGGUUUACCCUGGGCUUGUUUCAAGAAUUGUAAACAAAGUAUCGAGUUUGAACAGAACACUGUUUUCUAAAUCAGUUGAUUGUUUAACAGUUUGGUUUAAAUACUUUUUGAAUAGUAGAAACCAAAACUAUUCUAGUAACUUGAACGACUUAAGUUAUAUAAUAAAUAAUAAAGAGGAUGAUGAUUUGCUCGAAAAAACGGUAGAAUCAAUAAGUUACAUAAUAAAGAGGUUUAGGAAUAAACAUAAUAAUAGAGUGUGUUUGUUCUGUACUGAUCUUAUAGAAUACGAGUUUUUAGAUGAUAAUCUUAAAUAUACCUUGGCAGGUGUAAUUUUGGACUCUAUCACAAAUGAGGAUAUUAAGUCUCAAAUUUGCAAGAGUUUAGAAACUGCUCCAGUGUCUUUUAAACUAAUUUUAAGAGAUGUUGUAACAAAAUCAAUUAACGAAAAUGAUGAGAAUUCAGUCAAAACGUUCAAUUCAUUUUUGAUAAUCAGUGACUUGAUUUCGUGGAAAUUGGAUAAUUAUUUCGUGUUGAAAUUUUUAUUAAAUAGUUUAAAAGUUGAUUUUAGCGAAGUUUUAGAAACUCGACUAGUGAAUAAGAAGUAUUUAGUUGACACAAAUGAUACAUUUUCUGACGAAAUUAGCCUUAAACCUACAGAGAAAAACACAAUUUCAAUGUUGUACUUUAGUAAAUUAACUACAGAGGUUAAGCUAGAUUCUAUUUCAAAUCUGAUAUCACUGUAUGAAAAGGUUGAUAACUGUGAAAUUAAACUUAGAACUUUAACGCUUUUAAAUGAAUUGACAUCUGUAUUGUUUGAGUCAAAAGUUGGUGAAAGUGUAACAUCUGACGUUAUUUUGAACCUGAAAUCCACGUUAAAACUCAAUAAUAUGUUCAAUUCUGUUGAAAACUUUAUUGAAAAUGUAGUGGUAAUGUAUAAAAUUAGAGUGAUUGAUUUAUUAACAACGCUGUUGAAGAAUUGUAAUGAAGAACAUUUAACACAUUAUGAUAUAGAGAAUUUAUUGUUUAAUAUUAUCCCGGAGUAUAACUCAGAUUACAUUAAGUUGUCGCAAUCUUCAGCAUUGUUACUGAGUGAACUGAACAAUUAUUUUGGAAAUUAUGUCAAAAAAUCUGAAAUAACGGACAAGUCGGACUUCUCUACUAUGUUAGAAUAUUAUAGUAAUAGUUUAGUGAAGAAGAUAGUGUAUAAUAUUGACACGGAAAUAAUCCCAGAUUUGGUGUAUACAUUGACUAGUUUCAGUAAUAAUUCAAUUGAUUUGAAGGUAAUUUUUGAUCUCACGGUACAGUUCUGCAAGUAUUUCGAUGAAAUAACUGCGUUGACAGAGUCGAAUAUUUCCAACAGAUUAUUGAGGAUAUUUUACAGCUUUAACUACAUUUUAAUUUAUAUUAAUAAUAAUUUAAAUCACAAGGAGAUCUGUGAUGGUGAGGAUAAAGUAAAGGAAUUUGACGAGACGGGAAAAGGUGAUUAUAUACUUACGAUAUCAACGUUAAUAAUAACGAGGUGUAGAUAUUACACAAGUGUUAAUAAUAGUAAUUUGGAGUAUUUGGCACUUUUGGCUCUUUAUCGCUCGCUCAUUUUGUGCUCUAAAAGUGAAUAUAUAUUCAGAAUUAGAGUUCAUGAAAUCUGGGACUGUCUCACAAAUUCCCUAGAAUUAGGCCUGAAAAGGUUCAGAAUAGUCACAAUUCUCCUGGAAAUAUUUAAAUUAAUUGCAAUCAACUCAUUUCAGUUCAUAGAAAACAGAUUGAUGAUGAUAUUUGAGAUGUUGGAAGAAAUAGUACUAAAGGAUGAGAAUGUAGUAGGAGUACCAGAGGAGAAGAAUUCAACGUUGAGGUAUAAGUGCUAUUAUAGAAUUGUGGAUUUCAUGGAAAUUGUGUCGAAAGAAGUAGUAAACAGAGCUUUGUUCUCAGAAUUACUCUUAUUUGGGAUUAAAAUUCAUUCAGCUAGAACAUGUGAAUCCUUAAACAAAGUGUUAGGCAGAGUUUUCAUUAAUUUGUCAAGAAAAAAUCCAACACUUGUGAGAAAUGUGCUGUUGGAAAUGGGAAAAGGAAAGGAAAUGAAUAAGGCAUUUAUUAAAUUCGCAUUUAAGAGGGAUCUGAAGACUAUUUUGGGGAAGAUUCCACCACAACCCUUGAUAGAACUGCCAAUAAUUCCUUGA